AUGCUGAAAUUAAUAUGCGAAAGUGAGAUGAGGGAAGAGAGCUGUGGAUGGCGGUGGCGAAGAUGGUGGGUGCUGGUGGUUGCGAGGGCAGCUAUUGCGGAUGGACUAAUGGCAACGGGGAACUGCGGCGGCUGCGGUUCUUGUGACAAUGCCCGGGCUGGGCGGGGGGUGGCAGCCGACAGGGGUGGGUGGCGACAUAGGUGUGGUGGCUACUGCUUGUGUGUGAAUGAAAGGGGAAGGUUGUGGCGGCGGGCGGUGGUGCCGACGAGCUUGAAACUCUGUGUGUUUUGCCGAGUUUACAUGAGGGGAAUAGGCUUCCUGUCCCGAACCCCGACCAUGAGAAGUGGAGAGUAUUUCGAAGGGAUGCUGCACGAUUACAUGGGGACAAAGUCGAGCGGUAUAAAGCCGAGGCCCCAAAAGGGCUCGUCCGCUCGACUCGUCACCGUCCUCACGUGCCUCCAGUUUGCAUUCGCCAUCUACGCCACAUUUCUCCUCUACUUCAUGAGCCCGUCCAUCGACCUUCGGGCCAGGCCCGAUUUCUCUUGGGCCACGCGCUUCGCCCAACAGUGGAGAACCCACUUCAUGUCCGUCAGCCACUACCAACAGCCUGGCCCAGGCCUUCCGUCUGAGGUGUGUGAGCACGAGACCAUCGACUUUGUCCAGAAGAAGUCGAACGACGCUCUCAUGAUCAAGCUCAAGACUGAGCUUUAUCAGGAGGUGCUCGAUUUCCAGAAAAAGAGCUUCGGGACCGAGACAUUGACUGAGCUAAUGUCGAUGAAGUCCAAGUGGGACAUGAGUGGGCCCCUCAACACCCCGAAAGUCACCGUCAUCCUCAACCAUUUCAAACGGAAGACGCUUUGCGCUCAGAUAGAGUCUCUGCUUCACCAGACGCUUCCCUUCCACCAUGUUUGGGUGCUCUCGUUCGGGAGCCCAAACGAGCAUUCGUUGAGGAGAAUAGUCGAGAGCCACAACAACUCGAAAAUCAGCUUCAUAAGCUCGAGUUACGACUUCAAGUACUACGGAAGGUUCCAGAUGGCCCUGCAGACGGAGGCCGACCUCGUCUACAUUCUCGACGACGACAUGAUACCCGGCAAGAAAAUGCUGCAGAUUCUGUCACACGUGGCCGGGACAGAAAAGUACAAGAACUCGGUCUUGGGGAGCAUCGGGCGAAUAUUGCCCUUUCGCCAGAAGGAUUUCACAUUCCCGAGCUAUAGAAAGUUCCGGUCAAAAGAGGCCGGGCUUUACCUGCCAGACCCGGCUUACGACAUCACCAUUGAUAGGGUCGUGCAGGUCGACUUCUUGUCGAGCUCGUGGUUCUUGUCGGCCGAGCUCGUGAAGACUCUUUUUAUCGAGACACCGUUCACCUACCAGCUCCAGAAGUAUCGGAACGCAGGGUCGUACGUCCUUCCCGUGGACCCCAACGACAAGGAGACGUGGGGGGAUAGCGAGCACCGACUGGCCUAUGUGUCAGAAACAACCGUCAUCUUCAAAGACAUUGUCCAGGUGCGAGACGAGCAGUGGUGGAAGGCCCUCACCACAGGCUACAUCACCCAGUGGGCCGCCAUGAACCCUCAGAAGAUCGAUGCCCUCUUCUAUGCCCACUCGUUGGGCGAGGUGAAGGCACUUGCCCCACUCCUCGAAAAAUUCCGAGCCACCGUUGGGAAAAAGGCGUACCUUGUGGUGUCGGGAGGGCGGUUCUGCCCGUGCGAGGAUGCGGCCUUGGCCCUCAAGUGGCCCAAGUCGGUGUGCAGAGAGAGAAGGUUCAAGAUUUUUGAUCUGGGGCUCGGGGCACUCUCGGGGGGUUCCGACUCCGAGGUGCCCCUUGUGCAAGGUGUGCACGCGAGCAUGAAAGGUUUGGUAGGGAUGCAUAACCCGAGCGUGGUAGUCACGGUUUCUGAUAUCGAUUCCAACGUGAAGAGGGCUUUGAGGAUGGUGACGGAGGGCGGCGGGAACGGGACGGCUUUGGUGCUCCUGCCUAGGGCUUCCGUCCCCAAGGCGCUCUGGAUGGCUGACCUCCGCUCAACCGCCUUGCCUAACUGGAACAAGAUGCGGCUGUCGAUCAGCAUCAUCACCCAGAACCGAGCCAAAUCACUGACUCGCCUCCUCACCUCCCUCUCGUCCGCUUUCUACCUAGGAGACGAGGUCCCGAUCACGUUCAACAUGGACAGCAAAGUUGACUCGGCAACCCUUAAGUUGGUCGACUCCUUCGCGUGGCCCCACGGCCCCAAAACCCAGCGUCGGCGCAUAAUCCAGGGCGGGCUUAUCCGCGCAGUGAGCGAGAGCUGGUACCCUUCCUCGGACCACGACUUUGGCCUCCUCCUCGAGGACGACAUAGAAGUCUCCCCUUACUACUAUCUCUGGGUCAAAUACGCCCUUCUCGCGUACCACUACGAUCCCCAAGUCUCUCUCCCGGAGCUCUCGUCCAUCUCCCUCUACACGCCCCGUUUGGUGGAGGUCGUCAAGGAACGCCCCAAGUGGAACGCCACCGCCUUCUUCAGCCGAAUCCACCCAAACACGCCCUACCUCCACCAGCUCCCCUGCAGCUGGGGCGCCGUGUUUUUCCCCAAGCAGUGGCGCGAGUUCUACGUGUACAUGAACAUGCGCUUCACGGAGGACGCCAAGCAGAACCCGGUGCAGAUCCCCAAGUCGAGGACCAACGGGUGGCAGGCCUCGUGGAAGAAGUUUCUCAUCGACAUGAUGUACCUCAGGGGAUACGUCAGCCUCUACCCAAACUUCCCCAACCAGGCGAGCUUCUCGACCAACCACAUGGAGCCGGGGGCACACAUAAGCGCCAAGGACAACGUGGUGAGGCACGACAAGGCGGAUUUCGAGGUGCCGCUGCUUCGUAGGGAUUUCCGCGAGUUUCUGCCUAAUGGGAAGCUGCCGCCUGCUUCUAAGCUGCCGUCUUUGAAUUUGUUUAAUCGGGUGCUUUCGCUCAAGGGGCUGAAGGCGGCAGGGGCCAAGCUGGGGCAGGAUGUGCUCGAGUGCAAGCCCAAUGAGGUCGUGGCAGUCCAUCACGAUACCGGUCUGCCCUCGCAUUGUGCUGCCUUUUGAUGGUUGAUUGAUGGCCUUACAUUUUUAUUUUUUUUUUACUUAAUUUGUUUAUUUAUACAAGUAGUAGACAUGCAUUGUGAACUGAGGAUCAAACCUCUUUUAUUAAUUGUAGAAAAGGACAAAGAUGGAUGUAAGGUUUUACAAGAAAAAUGGGGAGUAGAAAGAUCGAUCAAAGGUUAUGAUAUAAGAAACUAUAUGUAAUGUGUGUGUUGACAUGCAGUUUUUCUUUUUUGUUUUUCCCCUUUGGGAUGAUGACAGGGAUUUUUAAGGCUCUUUUAGG